CAAACGGUUAUUCAAUAGCCUUGUGGUUAUCAGUUUAGUAGUUUUAAAUUUUAUUUAAAAUAUAAUUUUUAACUAAGUCUUCAAUAAAAUUGUAAAUAAUUAUUUUUAUUAAAAAUGCUGUCUUUGCGCACGCUACUGCGAGGUAGUCGUUCAUUAGUGACAAUUGGUCUUCAUGGUGUAAAAUGUGUCACAACUUCCAAAGUUAAUUUUAAUGCACGACUUUUAGCACCAAUUUGCUGUUCGAAAGUUCCACAACACACAGUUGAUGCGCAACAACAUCGAUUGUACGCUUCCAAAGCAAGCUCUGGCACCAAUCCUAAUAAAGUUGAAGAUAUACGCGUUUAUUAUGGUGGUUUGGCGCCGAGGAUGAAAGCUGUAAAAGUAUUUUCCCUCGCCACCAGCUUGGCAGGUUUGGCCGCACAACCGAUACUAUUGGAACAAGGAUUGAAUAUGGGUGGCAAGCCAAUGGCAGUAUUUCUGUGUGGUUUUGCUGGUUUCUUCACAUUCGUGACACCGCUGUUAUUGCAUUUUAUCACGAAAAAGUAUGUUACAGAAAUUCAUUACGACCCAAAAUCGGAGGAAUACACGGCAACCACAAUAUCAAUUUUGCUAUUUAAGAUUAAGACUACAUUCAAGCCAGAUGAUGUUAAGGUUCCUGAAGUUCCUGGAAUGUUUACAUCAUUUCUGGUGCAUGAUAAACCUCUGUUCGUUGAUCCUGCCCUCUUCGAUGACCCUGAACACUAUGCACGUAUAAUGGGAUAUGAUAAACCAGUGGACUACAAAUUAGAUUUAACUAAAUUGGACAAAACGAAUAAAAAUGAUCAGUGAAUUUGUAGAGCAAUAAAUUAAAUGAAUUUAGAAAUGUUAA